AUCGUUCUUACUAAACGAGGUCCGUGUCUACAACUACAAGCUAGCACCCGGAAAAGCAAGCACGCAAGAAAGAAAGAACAAUAUGCCCGCCAAGCUUCUCCGGACGCCCACCGCCCGGCGACGCCACCACUUGCCGGUGCUGCAUCUCGUUGCCGUCCUCCUGCUUGUGCCGCUCUCACGGCCGGCCUCGGCGUCGGCGUCGACGGUGGUCACCCACCUGCCAGGAUUCGAUGGCCCUCUCCCCUUCUACCUCGAAACCGGAUACGUGGGCGUGGAGGAGGAGACCGGGGCGGAGCUCUUCUACUACUUCGCCAAGUCGGAGCGGAGCCCCGGCACCGACCCCGUCAUCCUGUGGCUCACCGGCGGGCCUCGCUGCUCGGGCUUCAGCGGCUUCGCCUUCGAAGUUGGCCCCGUAAAGUAUGUGCGGGCGCCGUACACUGGAGUUUUGCCGCGGCUGGUACAGAACCCGCUGUCAUGGACCAAGAUGGCGAGCAUCAUCUUCCUGGAUUCGCCCGUCUGCUCGGGCUUCUCGUAUGCUCGUGACCCCAAAGGCUGCGAUGUCGGAGACUACUCGUCCUCUCUGCAAGUCCAAAGAUUCCUGAAUAAGUGGUUCACUCAUCACCCGCAGUACCUUUCAAAUCCUUUCUACCUUGGAGGAGAUUCAUACGCUGGAAAGGUGAUUCCACUUAUUGCAACAUACAUGUCACAAGAUUUACCAUCACAUAUGCAAAUAAGUUGACCUUUGCAACAGUAAAGGGUGGAGGUCAUACUGCUCCAGAGUACCAGCCUGAAGAAUGCUUUGCCAUGGCCCAAAGGUGGCUUGACAACAAGCCACUCUGAUACUUUGACAACACAAAAAUUUCUCUCUUAACACAAAUCCUUAUAUAUUUAAUUUGCUUCUCUCAAGCUGUAAAGAUGCAGUCAAUAGUGAUGUAAAAAAAUAGGAAUGUAUAUCAAACGGAAUUAUUUUUCUCUCCA